AUGGCUCAAACUUUGCACCCCCUCCCGCAACCAGGACUUUCAAUAUAUCCUGGAUUUACCGCAACGAAACCAGAGACGUUCCUUGCCAAAUGUCGCAAUGCAUGGUCGGACCGCGCUUCGUAUCUCAUCUCGUAUUCGUCUCCGAACGGGAAGCCCCUAAAUCCUUUCAUGGAGAUAGUUGAAGAAAAAAAAAAUAACAUCAGCUUCAAGGCGAUGAAUGGCCAAGAAGUGAUGCGCAUUAUUAAACAAGAACAUACUUGGAGCGGGGCCGAGUACCACGGCAUGCGAGGCGAAGGAAAUGAAGUGUGGCACUUGCAACUGAAGGGCAGUUGGUCUACAGAAUAUCAUUUACAACUGUACGGUGAGGCGGAGGCGAAUCAACUUGUUGUGGAGAACAAACUUCUCGGCGCCGACAAAGCACUGGGUGUGGCUUGGAUCAGGACGGACAAACAGAAGCAAGAUGAGAAGGCAGCUAUUUCAGCAGCUGCCUGA